AUCCGGUGCGGUGAAAAUUUGGGUUGGCACUUGACACUUCGACAGCAGAGUAAAUCCGGUGCGGUGGUGCGUCUCUUCUUCAGGACAGCCGGACGGAAUUACCGAAUUAGGGUUUACCUUACCUCCAUCGAAUUCGUUUCACUGUCUUUUUUUCCCGCCCUUGUAACGUUCUUUGUGGGGUCCUCCUAGUCCGCCGGCGGCGAUCGACUUCUCAAAACUACCACAAUUUAACGUUUGCUGCCUCCACCGUCUGUUCCUCGACAGCUAUUUCGUCCCUUCAAUACCAAGGCUGUCGAUAGGUUUCGUUUGAUUUCUUGAUCGAAUUUGCGGCAAGGGGGGAGGGAGGACGACAGUUUUAUCGCUGAUUCGGCGUGCUGGCUUCAGUUUGAGAUGAAACGGUCGAGGGUUUCAGGAACAGAAAAACACCACAGACGAGACGACGCUGAAGCUCAUGCGUGGUUCAUCAAGGAACGCAAGGAAUUGGCAGCUGAGCGGUUCAUCAAGUUAUGCAAGGAAACAUUAUCGUUGCAUCCCGUCACUCAAGCUGUUUGCGUGGAGAUUUAUGGCCGAAUGGAUAAUUUCAUCUAUCCAUCAUCAAACCUUGCCCUCUACUGUGCCUCUUGGGCUGAGAUUGGAAAUCACAAACCUUCUACCAAUCCUCGCCUGGUAGAUGAAGCAGUAAGACUUUGGUUUGCAUUUGCGUUAUACUGUGCUACGAGGCUUACAAAGUCAGUUGGAGUGCUGAACAAAAUGGACUCUUAUGCUAGCAAGGAGGAGCUUACUUUGACCCACAUAUUAAGAUCUUGUGACCUAAAACUUGAGGUUUUCCUCAAAGAGCUACCAAUCAUGGUCCUCAAAGCUGGGCCUGUGAUGACUGAUCUGUAUCAUGCUGGCUGGGAGAGAAAGCUCAAGGCAAAGGAAUUGUAUACCAACUUUGUGCACCUGAACAUUUUAAGCAGUUUUUUGUUGUUGUUUCAUGUGAAAGGCACUACAAAGAAGCAUAUUGGGAGCUCUUCUCAUCCAUAGACCCAGCUAGCAAUAACCUGCCAGCAGCCUCUAGUGGCAGUCAAUGUGCUUCAGACUACCUUCGUCUUGGGUGGUUGCUAUUUGUGGCACUCCGUUCACAUGCGUUUGGUUAUUCCAUGGACCUGGUGACCUGCAUAAAUGGUUUGAUUUCUGUACUGGCUAUUCUGAUUAUGCAUGUGCCAGCUCACUUCCGAAUUUUCAGUUUCAAGGAUGAUAAGUGGUUCGGUAAUGAUCUUGUGGUUGGUGUGGUCUUUCUGAUCUCCUUUUAUUUUUCCGUUUGUUAUAAUUUUGGGGUCUCUUCUAUGAAUAGUUUGAUAUGCUUCUAAUAUUUGUUAGCAGUUGUGAAGGAUAACAAACGGGUUGAUCUGAUUGCAUCGCUUUCCAAAAAGUAUGAUACAUCAGAAGAUGACGUGUUCAAUUCAAUGGAGAAGACUGUUACUCUAAUAAGAGAAGUCCUGCAAAAGAAGCCUCGGACUGCUUCAGAAUGUGAUAGUGAGACCCUAGCUGAUUUGAAUAUCGAUGGUCUGAGUUAUUUUGAAGAUUUAAUGGAAGAAUCCUCUCUGCGGAAUAGUUUGAUUAUGCUGGAGAUGGAUUAUGAUCUUGCAAUGUGUAAAUGGAGACAAUUGGAUGAGAGAGUUUUUCUCGAUGAGGCAGCCAACUGUUCUUUUGCUAAAAUCCAUAUGAUUCCUGCUACAUGUGUGAAAACGAUAAUGACAGCUGCUAAUUGGCUCCGGAAUGUGGUAUCUCCACUGUCAAGUGUGCCUUCUGCACAAUUGAUGCAGUCUUGUGAUGGGUUUCCUGUUGUUCAAAAUGCUCUUUUAGCGUUAGAAGCUUUAUUUCCAUGUAAUGAUGUGGAGGAGGAGGGUGUUUCUAUAAGUCUCCAAAGUACAAGCACAGGCGACAACAUAUGGGUAGAGCAAAGGAAACAGGAGGUGCUCAAGAUAUAUUAUAAGGUUUUGGAAGCAAUGUGUACUGCAUAUGGAGCCAAUCUGAGCACAUUAUUAACCAUGAAAAAGUUUCACAGCUGCAUGCUUGCUUGUUCAGUUGAACUAGUACUCGCAGCACGUAAGCCUGCAACAAUGUUGUUGUUUCCUGCAAUCCUGGAGCAAAUUGACAUUACAGCCUUUGAACUUGUCGAGGUUCUCAAGUGUUUUCUUAGGCACGAGGAAUCUAUGCCAUGUGAAUUGAGGAUGCAUUUGGAAUCACUGAAAGAGCGGCUUUUGGAGAGUACCGUUUGGGAAGCAGGUUCACUGAUGUAUGAUUCACUCGAAGUUGCAGAGCCUAUGCAUGUAUCAGAGGUUGCACGUCUCCGUGCCAUAGGGAGACUGCCAUACAUUAACUUCUCCUUGGAUGCAAUUGUAGCACGUAUACAUUUGUCUUCUGUCUUGAAGCACGAAAUGACCCAUGGUCCAUGCAUUAACUUGAGGAGUGGAGUAGUGGAGCAAGGAUCCCGUGCAUCAAGAGUAACGGAUCAUGUUCCAUCAGUGAUACCCACAAGUUUGCAUUGUGCAUUUGCUCGACCAAGAGAUCGCUGUCCUGGAAGAUGUGCUGAUAUGGCUAUUGAUGCAUUCUUGAAAGAGAUUAAAAAGUUAGCUUCAGUUAGAAUAUGUGGCAUGGCUGAAGAGUUGGAAAAGGAGCACAAGAAUUUUAAUGUAGAAGUCUGUGGGAAGCUAUUUAACGAAAUACUUUAUCGACGCACUGCGUUGUUUUUCAAUCUUCACAUCGACGCAAUAAUCAUUUGCUGUUUCUUUCUUACUUCUAAGAUUACAAGACUAGGUCUGACUAUGAUGGAUCUACUUUUGCGCUACAUGAAGCAACCACAUAGUAAGCCACAAGUGUUCCGUUGUGUGUUCAUUGAUUCCUCAGUGACCAAGGAGCACAGACUGAUGUUCCCUUAUCUGGUAUUGGGGUCCUCCUACAGAGUGCCCCAGCCAAAUCCCGAGCAUGUUGGUAUAUUCUCAUACUACCCUCAGUUUUUCGACUAUUACACCAAACGUGUUGUAUCAGGUGUUAAAGCCGUUUACUGGAGGACACGUGGUGAUGAAGAGCUUCGUCAGAUCCCUCCGCAUAAGUGGCUGGAAAUUGAGGUCAAAGAGGAACACUCUAGACUAGAAUUCAUUUUUGAUCAAAUGCAAGAGGAAAAACUUGCGAAAUCUUACCUUCAGGACGUGAGGGAUCAGAUGGAGAGGGCGGGGAUGGAUUGGGAAGAACUGGAUUACCUUAGGACCGGAACCCCGAUGUAUGAACAGCUGGUGAAAGGGUGUUAAGGCAGGCACCUAGCUAGAUUCUUGGUUUUACUGGCUGCAGUAGUGUUGGAGCUUUUGAUUUAGGGGCUUCUUCUCUUUGCUGGGUGCUCGGUCUUGGCGUUUAUUUUUUUGUUGCUGUCGUUGUAAUUGUAAAUGUUAUAACUGAACUUAAAAUCGUAUGACCUGCUUGUGAUGGAAAUCAUGCCGUGAAAUGAAAUAUACAGCAGUUUUUAUUUAGC